AUGUUUUGGUCACCGGUUCGAGACGAUGGGUUGUCGAAUUGCAGAUCUAUCCAUGGAGAUCGGAGACAUACGUCUAACUACCCGUACCAUGGUUUGGGACAAGCAAAAGAAUUGCGAUGGGGCUGGGGGCCCGUGGCAAUCGCGGGGGAGCCAGAGGCGGACGUGGAGGACGCGGCUAUGUCGAGGCGCCCCGAUAGCGGUCCCCGGAGGGGCGACGAGGAGACCUUGGACGAUUUCCAAUUUCGCGACCAGAGGCGGCCGGGCGUGGAAGCCUUAGGCGAUGGUCGACACCACAAGCAGCAGAGGCAAUAUGGGGUGUCGCAGCGGCCUAGGCGUGCGAAGGAAAGCGCGUCGCUAGCUUCACGCCGGUUGAGGAACGCGAUGGACGGCGCGCUGACGACGGGUUCGGCGAUGGGUGCAACUAGCGACGUGGAGGUGACGGUAACCAACAAUGGCAACACCAACAAAGUCUGGGACCAACCUUUUUGGGAAGAGAGUGUGCAUGCCAGGGGCGUAGGUCCUGCUCCAAUCCCAGUUGGGGAUUUUUCACUUCACAAGCUGGAAGAUGCAACUAUUUGUAUGCUACAUCCUGAGGUUAAGCAAAGUACAAUUGAACUGGCAAAAUCAAUGGAAGAUGACGAUGGGGUGAUUCUGACACGUCAUGACAAGUACUUUCAAGUUAUUGACCAUUCGGCUGGUGUUGAACUUUUUAAUUUUGGAGAAACGUCGAACGAUGAUUGCCAUGGGUACGACUCCGGUGUCGGCAAAUUUGGUGCGGCUUCGAGGGCGAAGCCUUUCAAUCCAGAGGAGAAUGAUGCAGAAGAAGCUGCUCCUACUUUUUCUUCUGACCGGAGACGUCGGAACCCUCACCCGAGGUCGCCGAAGCUGCUCUUCCUUCUUCUGCUAGCUGGAGACGCUAGAACCCCCACUCGAGGCCAGCGAGGCCUCCGCAUAGCCACUGGCCCAAUUUUCAUCCAACCACCAGAAAUCAACCAGCUCGGCGGCCUUCCUCUAGGGAGUAAUCAACCAAUUUCCUCGACCAUGUUCUUUAUUCUGCUCCGUUUCCUUCUCCUGGGAGGACGGCCACGUAUCGCCGCUACUAAAGGCCGAUCGGCAUGCCACCGCCACUGCCAUGCCUCCAGUUUUACUUUGGUGGGAUGUCGACGCAUUCGUCUUCAUUUUCGACGUCCCCAUCUCAGUUCAGUGAAGCGAUCAGGGUGGCGUAUGGAGGCGAGGAUGCCGAUGGAGGCGGAGCUGAGGGUACGCUAG